AUUCUUUCAAAACCCUAAAUCCCCACUUUCUCCAUUGGCCGUCGCCGAGUCGAAGAGGAAUCAAACCCCACCCGCUGCAGCAAAAAUGAAGUACAACCCACGAGUCUCCUCUUCUCGCCGCAAGAACCGCAAGGCCCAUUUCUCGGCACCUUCCUCCGUCCGCCGCGUGCUAAUGAGCGCACCGCUCUCAUCCGAUCUGAGGUCCAAGUACAACGUCCGCUCCAUGCCGGUCCGCAAGGACGACGAGGUCCAAGUCGUUCGUGGGACCUACAAAGGACGCGAAGGGAAAGUGGUUCAAGUCUACCGUCGCAAAUGGGUGAUCCACAUCGAGCGCAUAACGCGUGAGAAAGUGAACGGUUCGACCGUGAACGUUGGUAUCAACCCAUCCAAGGUUGUCAUCACCAAGCUGAGGCUUGACAAGGAUCGGAAGUCGUUGCUCGAUCGUAAGGCUAAGGGACGUGCUGCUGCUGAUAAGGAUAAGGGUACUAAGUUUUCCGCUGAGGAUAUCAUGCAGAGUGUCGAUUAAGAUUGUCUUUUAUUUUUCAUGUUAUGAUAAUUUGCAACUGUU